AUGCCGGAGCACCAGUUCCGAUAUGGCCUUCUAAUCGAACCGUUAUCGCGACAAUUUUCUAGUUGUGACGACUUCCUUUUCUCUCAACACACUACGCAAGAGAACCCCUCCUCGCCUUUAGUUCCCAGUCCUGAUAUACUGCUCUACGCCUUCAUUGAGCGUGCAGCUUUCUGUGUCACGGCUUUGUUUCACUACAUAACAAAGAUGGCGCACCGCAUCAUAACCCAGAUCGUCCUGGUGGGCAGCCGAGUUCUCGGCCGUGCCUUCGCUGAAGCCUACAAGCAAGCACAAGCUUCCUCCAAUUACGCUCGCGCGCAAGCGAAAAUCAAUCCGAAUGCGCCGUCAGCUCGAGCGAGCCUCUCCAGUGGUAUGACCUUAGAUGAGGCCUGCAGGAUCCUGAACGUCAAACCGCCUCAGGGAGGCAAAGCAGAUAUGGAGGAGGUCAUGUCUCGGUUCAAGAAACUUUUCGACCAGAACGAUCCGGAGAAGGGUGGCAGUUUCUACCUACAGAGCAAAAUCCUAAGGGCGAGGGAACGAAUAGAAGCCGAGGUUAGACCUGCUAUGGAGAAGGCCGCGCAGGAGGCGGAAAUAAAAGAAGGAUUCAAGCCGAAGGUGUACAAGGACCGAUAGCGACUCCGAUUCUCGCCAAAUGAAAUAAUCAAAAUCAAGCAUGGGAUGAGUGUUAUCGGAGACACUGUUCACCCACUAUACCCAAGAACAUUAGGGGAAAAGCAUCUUCACUCGAAUGGCAUGGCCUGGCGUUAUUGAGGAGUUUCGAUGCAUUUAUGGGCCCGUUAGUCCCCAGUCAGGUUAGGAAGAGACGGGGCUGCUUAUACUUCUGUAAUCAUUGUAUACUACCAGGCAAAAAGGGGCGAGGAUAUCAGCAUUUCGUCGCGAACUGAUCAGGAGCUUGCUAGGUUCGGUUAUCGGCCAGGACAAAAAUACAUCCAUUUUAUAUCGAUCUGACUCUCGGAAGUUAACUGUCAG